UCAUUUCAUCAUCCAUUAAGGCAUUUAGCCGUUAUAUAAAUCCUUCACACCCUUCAUUCCACACCAUUCCUUCGUUUCCUCAGCUUUGCUUUACACAUUUCAACACCUUACUGAUUUGGUUUAAUCCUUAUUUUAUUUCCGAAGAUGAAGAACAAAGCAACUGGGUUGUUGAAGCAGUUAAUAGCAGGUUUAACCACAAUGGCUAAGGCCAAAACCAUGGCUUUAAAGAGCAAAACAAAAGCCAUCAAGGCUCGCCUCGUCAUUUUCUCCUUGCUUCAAAACAGGAAGUUUUUGAUGAGCUCAUUCUCCGAGAAGCUGAAUGCUUUGAUGGGGCACAAUGAUAAAAUCUCCAAAGAACUAGAAGAUGAUGAUUGUGGAGAUCAGCAAGGCCAAGCAAUCGUUCUUUACAAUAGUAAUAAUGCCAUGUGGCUUCCAAGUACAGCAGAGACCAAGUAUGAUGAUCAAGAAGAAGAAGAAGAAGAGUAUGGUGAUGGUGAUGGUGAUGAUGGGGAGGCGGAGGCGGAAGAAAAAUACCCGGACCUUACUCACUCGCUGUUCGAGUCGGGGGAAAUGGAGUUGGGGGAUCCAGGAAGUUCGGUGAUAGAUAUAGUGAAGAACUCAAAAACAGAUAAAGGGGAGGAGUUUAGGUUGGAAGACGAGAUAGACCGAGUAGCUGACUUGUUCAUAAAAAGGUUCCAUCGACAAAUGAGACUGCAGAAGCAGCUUUCUUUGAAGAGACGUCAAGAAAUGAUGGAGACGAGCCUCUAAUAUGUAAUACAUGGAUGUAUGGAUGUAUGUAGUAUUUUAAACUAUUAUACGAGGAAGAACAAAUGCUUUCUCUUUGUAACCAAAACAAAAUCCAUAAAGGUUUUGUAGAUUUUCUUUUCUUUUUUUUUUAGAAAGGUUGCUAGAAUAAAUUUUACUAAUAAGUAAACAAAAGAAA